AACAACAUUCCAGCAGCGGUCCUUGGCUUCCACGGAGACAAAGUAAAGUUUAAACUAUUAACUACAUACUGUAGAUAUGGGGAGACAUUACUACAUACAGGAUAAAGUAAAUAUAAACCUUCAGUUAUGGAGCGAUUUCUCCGUCCGGUGCCGAGUAAGUCAAAGCUUCCUAAUAUUACCGCGGCUGACAGAGCAAAACAGUACAAAGAACUACACGAGGAUGGGGGAAAGUUAUUCUGUACAAGUUGCAACAAAGUCAUCGAUCACAGAAGAAAUUCAACAAUAAGGGACCACUUGUGUUCCGCUUUGCAUCAGAGGCGAAAGUCUGAAACUCCCGCGCAAGUGGCUUUAAAAAGACAAACGACCAUAACGACAUCACUCAGCAGGCGCACGGUUGCUGCCGAAGAACGUGAAAAGGUUUGCUUGGAAUGGAUCAAAGCUUGUACAGCAACAAACACACCACUGUCCAGAUCUGACAGUCCCCUGAUGAGAAGUUUCUUGCUCAACAGAGUAGUGAAUGGAGGAGCCAUCCCUGGCUUUAAACAACUACAAGAGAGGUAUCUUCCAGAGGUAUACAGCAUAGAGAAGGAGGUCAUCAAAAACAUGAUCAAAGAUAUGCCUGUCUCUGUCAUGUUUGAUGAAACACCCGAUGCAGAAGGACGCUGCGUGCUCAACAUAAUGGUGUCUCCUCUCGUCAAGGAUGAAUCUGGAAAAAUACGCAGCUACCUGAUUGACACCGUUUUCCUAGACAAAUGCAAUCAUUCAACAGUGGCAAGUGCAACAGUCAACGCUCUAAAUGACUUUGGAGUGAAACCAGAUGAUGUGAUUUCUAUUGACACCGACAAUGCUGCAUAUAUGCUUAAGGCAUACAAAACUGCCCUCAAAGCUCUGUUUCCCAAUUCCAUCCAUGUGACAUGCCUGGCACAUAUCAUGAAUCUUGUUGGAGAAUCUUUCAGGAAGCCUUUUGCAGAGGUGAACACAUUCAUGAGGUAUUUCUCACAGGUGUUUUACAUGGCAGGUGCCAGGAAGAGGAGAUACCUGAGCUUUCUCAAAACCUCGGGCACAACAGCAAAAAUGGCUCCCAAUCCUUGUGGCACAAGAUGGAACUCAUGGUACAUGGCAGCAGCAUACCAUGCAGAACAUUAUGCCUUGUACAAGUCCUUUUUCACAGAGGAGCUGGAGAUCUGCAGGCCAUCUGCCCCCAAUUCACUGGAGCAGCUGUAUGCCAUUACACAAGAUGAAAGUCUCUCUAUGACACUGCAGCUACACCUCAACAUCAUUUCUGAAAAGUCACAAGUGCUUCUCCAGCUUUGCAACCUGUUUGAAAGCAACUUGCCUGUCACAAUGAAGGUUUUUGACAUAUGGGAAGAUCUACAGAUCACAUUCGCAGCCAACAAAGAGCUAAAGUUGGAAUCAUGUGAUCACUUCUUUGGUCCAAAUCUCCCAUAUGCAAAGAAGAAGGAGACCCUGGCCAUAUUUGAACAGGCCUACCAACUAGCAGAAGAGAAGUUGUCCAAGUACAUGGAUGGUGCUCAGCCGGCCAUGCAGUUCUUAAAAGAAUGCAGGGUUUUCAAUCCCAGAUGUAUCGUCCUGUUCAGCGAGGAUGAGGAUCUAAGCAGCAUCCCUGGUUUUGAAGAUAUACCUAAGGAAGAAAUCCACCUCUACUUCACAAAGUUUGGUCCAGCUGCAGUCAUGGCCUCACUCUCUGGAGUGAUUGACAUGGAUCUGUUUUGGCACAGCAUGCAAGAGCCACUACCCCAGCUGUCUAGGUUAGCAAUGAGGUACAAGGACUGUGUCACAAACUCAGCUGAUGUGGAAAGGUCAAACAGCAUUUACAAAAUGGUGUUAUCAUCCAGGAGACGCUCACUGACUGAGGCCAACAUCAAGGCAUUGGUGUUCCUGUACGUAAAUCUCAAAGCACAGUGUGCUCAGGAGUCAGUUAGUGAGAAUGAUGGUGAUGAUGAUGAUGAUGAUGAGAUGCUGUAAAUGGCAUUUGUUUCACUGAGAAAUGGGCAAGUUAAAUUGUGGCACUGGAGUUUAAAUUUAUUGAAACAUGUUUGUUUUUGUUAAAAAAAAAGAAAAGAAAAGGAAAAACUGAAUCUAUAAUUUCAUUUGCACUGAUCACACAGCUUAUUGUUAUACCUGAAUGUUUACAUUUACUUUAUGCUGUAUGCAGUAAAUGUUUCCCUUAUCCACUGUUAUGUAGUUGAUAGUUUAAACUUUACUUUAUAUCCCAGUGGAAGCCAAGGAACGAUGCUGGAAUGUUGUUGUUGUUGUUGUACACAGUCAAGUGUGUUGAGUUAAAGAAUCUGUGUACAGUUUGGACUAAUUGCCCAUUAUGCCAGCAUGCCAUGCUGUGACUGAAUAUGUACAUACUCUGU